AUUUCUAAUCUAAUCUACUGGAUUAUUUUCAGGCUAUCCGCAGCUAGAUGCAGCAGCAGCCGGGUUUGUUUUCAGCUUUAGAGGGUUUAAAAUACGGAGUUUUAACACUUUAUUGGUACGGCUUUCAAAACCCGGAGCUAAAUACUGCUAAAAAAAUGUGAACCAGCAGCAUCUCAGCUCUGCCCCUGCUGCAGCAGGCAUGCCUGUUAGCCUGUUAGCGACGUAGCCGUGUGAACGCUGCUGAUCGUCGGCCACUGCGAUGGACGACUCGGGCAUCAAGAAGCAGAAUUGGGACGUGAAGGAGACUGAGUUAUUUCUUGAAAUUCUCAAGGAGCUGGACAUGAAGAAAUGCUUAGACGGGAGGAAAGUGAGGAAUAACAAACUGUUCAGGGUGGCGCACCGGAGGAUGACCGCGGCUGGUUACCACAGGUCUGUGGACCAGUUAAAGUUUCGCUGGAAACUCCUCAAAAGCGCGUACUACAAGUGCAAGCGGGAGCCCGACUCCCCGGCCCCGACUAAAAUACAGGGCUGGUGGCGCUAUGAGAAGACGAUGGUCGCUAUUAUGGAGUCCAGACACCCUCUGGUCGGAGCCGGGGUUAACUCGGACAGAAACGAUGACGUGACGGAGGAGUCGGAUGCUGAAGCAUCCAUGCUGCACUGGCCGCAGCCCUGCCCGGACAAUACCACCCAGAACCUGGAUUUAAUUAUCAAAAUGGACCCUGAGAUGGACUCGCAGCUCAAGAUCGGCUUUAUUGGUGCAGGGAACAUGGCUUUUGGCAUCGCCAAGGGCAUCUUGUCUGGAAAUGUCCUUCCUGCAAACGUUAAAGUGAGUGCGCCAUCCUCGAGGAAUCUGGGACGCUUUCAGGAGCUGGGCAUUGCUGUAACUCACUCCAACGUAGAGGUGGUUUGUGGGUCCGAUGUGGUCUUUGUCGCCGUCAAACCUCAUGUGGUUCCACUAGUUCUCAAUGAGAUCUCACAACACGUCACUGACAGACACGUGAUUGUAUCUGUUGCAGCAGGAGUAACACUAGCGACGCUGGAAGAGCUCCUUCCUGAGAACUCCGUUGUCAUCCGGCUGAUGCCAAAUCUACCGUGUUUGGUUCAGGAAGGUGCUCUCCUGUUUGCCCGGGGAUCCCACGCAAAACAGGAGGACAGCGCUCUGCUUCGCUCCUUAUUACAUCGCUGCGGUUUGGUGGAGGAGGGCCCUGAAGCCUGGAUUGACAUCCACACCGGGCUGAGCGGCAGCGGAGUAGCCUUUGUGUACCUUUUUGCUGAAGCCCUGGCAGAAGGAGCUGUUAAAAUGGGCAUGCCAAGUGCUCUGGCCCACAGCAUUGCCUCCCAGACUGUUCUGGGUGCUGGGAGAUUGUUACGCGAUUCUGGGAAGCAUCCGGCUCAGCUUCGCUCUGAAGUCUGCACGCCGGGCGGAACAACCAUCUACGGGCUUCACACGCUGGAACAGGGCAGCGUGAGGGCGUCGACCAUGAGUGCUGUGGAGUCUGCCACCGAGAGAGCCAGGGAACUCGGCCGAAAGUCAGCAGCGGGGAGCAGGAAGUGAUGGACGAUGGCUGCCUUUACGAACUACUCGUUGGAGUUUUAACUUGUGAAAAACCUAACUUGGAACUUUUUUUUUUUUUAAUUCUUUAUUUUUUCCUGGAUGACAGAGCUCAAAAACAAAAAUGGAGUUGUCACUUUUUUAAAUCACAUUUUCUCACCUUUAUUUUUCCUUAAACGUGCAGUUCAUGCAUCUUUCUCAUGUUCAUGUCCAUGAUCCCCUCCUAUUAAACAUCUUCACUACUGUACUGCCUUACUGGCCUUGAUUGGAUUAUUAUGUGGAUGUAAUGUAGAGUCAGUGGUUCGAUUUAAUUAUUUAAAUGACAAUUAUUGUAUUUAAUAUUUUGCCAAAUAAAGCAUUAAUCUAAAUUUAGGAUAAAAAUGAUCACACCUGUGUAGCUGUAUUCCAGUGAUGGUGUAGCUAAUGUAUAGUUGUGUAUAACACAAUGUAUAGAAAAAUACUUAUACGAAAUAACAAGUGUGUUUGGCUGCUUUUCAUAAAGUGUCGUGUU